AUGAUUUAAAUUCCUUAUGCUAAGCAUCACUAAUCAUAAAUAUAAUUUGCUGAAAGCCAAAUCACAAAUCUAGAUAAAAACAUUAUAAAAGUCUUGCAACUAUUCUCUGUAAUAGGAUAGUUGGAAAUGGACAUAGAAAACAUUAGACUUGAGUUAUCAGAAAAUUCUCAUUUUUACCCUGAAGCCUUAUUUCAAUAUUUAAAAUUAUACUUGUAACCAAUAAAGCCAGAACCAAUACCAGAAAAACCAUAAUUUUUUAAUUUUACUGAUCUCUAAAUAUAAGCACCUUUAGUAAUAAAUGUAAUAAAUAGCGCAAAGGAUGGGAUCAUCAAAUUUGAAAAUAUCAUAGCAUUUAUGCAAGAUAACACUUCAGUACCUCCGAGUGCUGAGAGUCUGAGGACAAUAGAGAGAGUAUUUCACAUAAACUAAUUUGCUUUUUAAAAGGAUAAUGUCCUGGACACAUUUAAUAAUGAAUACCCAUUGCCUUAGGAUGUUAUUCCCUUAUCUUAAAUUCCAAUAAUCUAAAUUUAAGGUACUUCUAAAGUGCCAUUGCAAUAAAAAGAAAACAUUGAAAAGGUGAAUUCUGGAGAUGGGUUUAAUUAUGCAACAUUUCAAAAGAUGUUACUUUCAAAGUCUAUUCCUUAAGCAAGUCAAAAGGCAUAAAAAAGGAAAUUGAUCUAUGAAACCAAUUAAAGAUAACAAGUAGACAGCAGCAUUCUGAAAUUGUUUAUAAAUCUACUCUAAAAUGAGAUAGCAUUGAUUGAAAAAUCUGAAUAAAUUAGACUCGUAUUAAAUACUGAUAGUUCAUACAAUCAUGUUACUAUGUUCAAUAUAUUUGAUUCUCAAGGAAAUGGUGAGAUUGAAUAUCGCUAUAUUGAAUAAUUGAUGAAUAAAGCACAAAUACCGUUCAAGCCAUUUCACUUUAAAUCUUUAAUCAGAAGAGCUAAUAUUUUAGCUAAAAACGCUUCAGCUUCUGAAACCUUGAAUUUUGAAGGGUAUAGACUAAUUGCAACAGUUCAAUGUCCUUAUUUCAAGAUACCAAAACAUGAGGAGGAAUAACUUCAACUAUAACAUUAAUAUUCACGAAUUUUAGGAGCAGAAGUUAAUGGAUAAAAUUCAUCAUAAUUAUCUAUUUCUCGCAUUCCAGAGAAAAUUAGAAAUAACUCUCAAAAUUACAGAUCUACUCCUUUACUAUCUACAUACAAUAGUGGUAGUCCAUAUGUUAAUGAGACUCUAAAAAAAUAAAGUAAAAUAUCCACUAACAAUUAUCAUUAGGAUGAGGCUAUAUAUCAAGAUAAUAUUGUAUAUGGAACAAAAAAAGAAUGGGAUGAACUACAACAUUCUUUAUGUUAGAAUAAUUUGAUUGACUCCAGAUCAUUAAAAUCUUAAAUAUUAAGAAUAUAGAACCCUGAAUUAUCAGUGAAUAAUUAAAGAAUAGGCAGCAGAAAUAAUACUCCAAGGGAAAAUAAGAACCAAAUUGAAUUGAUCUAAUAAUAGGCAUUAGUGGAGAACGUUGAGAAAAUGAGGUAAAAUGAUAUGUCGAAACAACUCUAAUAUGCUAUGGGGGCAAAUACUAAAGGAUUAUACUCCAACUUUGUUAAAAUUGAAAGAGAUAAUAAAAUGAAGGAGGAUCUUCAUUCAUUCUAUAAUUAGGCACCUUGGUAUUAAACAGAUAAUAAAAUAUCCAAAAAUAUCGAUAUCAUCAAAUUAUAAUAAAGUCAAAUUCAGAAAGUUUCAGGAGUACAAAAUAAAGUUCAUCAUGAAAGUUAAUAAUAAAAUGUAAAUAAUUAGAAUGCCGAAAUCAGAAACUAAAUAGCUAAUAACAAUUAAUAAUCAGCAAUUGAUUCAUAAUAACAAUAAUCAAGAAUCUAAUAAAACCAAUCAAAUAUUUAAUAAAUAAAUAAAUUAUCACCAGUAUCCCCAAGAAUAUUUUCAACGUAAAAGCUAAAUCCUCUUAUUGGCAAUGACAAUUAACAAAUAAUCAUGGAUUAUAAUUAUGAUAUUCCAAAGAGAGUAUUUGAUCAUUAGAAUUGAUUAUAUAUAUAUUUUUUAUUAAUUUAAAAUUGAUAAUUUACAAAA